AUGUUUGCUAGAACUAGAUUAACAUCCCAACAAUUCACAAGAAACUUCCAAACUUCUUCCAGAAGUAUGAAUAAGAUCUUUGGUACUCCAGCUGAAGGUGUAUACUCUAACCUUCCAUUCAAGGUUAAGAACAGAAAAAUCCCAUUGUCCGUUCCAUUCUGGGGUAUUUUAGGUUUCUUUUUUGCCUUCCCAUUCUUAGCAUCUUACUGGCACAUGAAGAAGGCUGGUUCAUUUGAUCAAUAG